AACUUACCACGAGCACGGGCCCACGAAUUUCGUGUUUGAGUCGCGUAAUCGUUAUUAUGCGCGUGAAAUAUUGCCAUAGAUGCGUGUGAAAAUUCAGCUGUGUUAUCACUUAUCACCCGACAUUGGAUUGAUAACACGGUGGUUUGUUUCGGAGGCCGGUUCUUGGUGUCUUCUCGUUGCUGUUGAUCGCCGAGGGCCGACGGCGUCCGUUUAGUGCUGUAGAUCGUUAAAUCUUAAAUUAUUAAUUAAAUAGUCAAUAGUCAAUUGACAUUUGAGUAUUGGCGAAAGUGCCCGAAUUAUAUUAUUUUAAUUAAUUUCCAUCACCUUUGUUUGUUGUAAACUGUACCUUACUACCUAGAUACCUAGUUGUAUAACAGCUUGAUAUUUACUGUUACUGGUGUAAUGACACGAUAAUUAUUAUCGAUGGAAAACUCUGACCAGGAGACUUCGGCCACGGUUACUUUAGCAACACCGGCACUGUCGACCCCUACAGAUGUGAACGUGAAUGGUCGCCACACAACAAAGAAAAAGUUGUACAAGCAGCAUUUUUUGGCUCUCUGGGAACGAUGCGAAAUCAUACAGCAGGACAACGAACGUCUAGUUCACAGGAUACAUCAAGUAGCCAGACAGUUGAGACGGGUCCGAUUGGAGCGAAAGUUUAUUAUGGAUCGAUUGGACACGCACAAAGACAACUGGAGAGAAGCCGAAUUGAAAAUAGAUUUAGGAACUGAUCUGCCUUUACCUGAACCAGUUAAUUUAAAAAAUCAGGGAGCUGUUGAAACACCUAACGGAAAAAAAAAUUUUAACAUAAAAUCUACAGAAAAAAAAGAUCCUAAUUUGCCAAAAAGACCUGCAAAUCCAUUUUUUAGGUUUUGUCAAGAACAAAGGCCAAUUGUACUUGAUAAAAUCAUUGCGGCAGGUGAAGGGGAACCGACAAAACAAGAUCUUACAAAACGACUAGCCAUUACUUGGAAUACUAUGGAACAUGAUGAGAAAAAAUUUAGCUGUUAGUAGUUUAUAACCAAGGCUUAGAAGUACAAACAUUGACACGGUACUCAUCGACAGCAAGUACAAAAGUCCUCAACUGUACACCAAGUGGGAGAAUAUCGAAGUUAAUAUUGAUAAGAUUGGCUAAUGUUUCGCUGAUUUAAAUCUCAUACCGCUCAAAUGUUUUUCAUUUAAUUCUCGAUAUCUCCCAAAACUGGCCACAAAACCUGUGGCAGCAUCAAAUGGCUCCUUGGCGUCAACAUAUUUCAUUAUUUGCACAUUUUUUCUGGAAAAUCUUAUUACAAUCAAUGUAAAAUAUAAAUUUAUUUUGUAAUAACAAUAAUAAUAUCAACUUGAAUUCUAAAUUGUUGUGUCAUAUUUACAUUGUGUUGUUUUGUAUAAUUUUUUUGUUAUUUUGUUGUGUAUUUUGUUACAUUCCGUAUAAGCUAUACAAUUUUAAAAAUAAAAUAUGGGAUUAUUUUUUAAAUUAUUUCCAUGUAAAUAUCUAUAACAAUAAUUGUAACC